ACAGCACCGUCUGUGAAGAUGAAGCAACCAGGAAGUGUUCCAGCCAUUUAUCCAUUGCUCCCAGCAACGUCUGUUAUGAAAAUACUGGACAAUGCCCUCGGAAAAGCGACCGGGCUGGUAACGGUCUUUAUUGUUGUCAUUGCAGCGGUUUUGAAUUAUUUCGACGACCCUGAUCCGGUGAAAUACACGAGCAUGGCGGAGGAGAUGAAGACUCUGGAGGAAAACUUCAGGCAGCAAAAUAAAAGCUGCUUCAUCCUUGGUGCCUCUGGAGAAACAGGCAAGAAGUUGCUUCAAGAGCUGCUGGGGCACAACAUCUUCUCCAAGAUUACCCUCAUCGGGAGGAGACGGCUCUCCUUUGAAGACGAGGCAUAUGAAGACCUGCUACAAGAGGUGGUGGAAUUUGAGAAGCUUGACGAUCAUGCUGCAGCCUUCCAGGGCCAUGAUGUCGGCUACUGCUGCCUGGGAACAACCAAAGCAAAAGCAGGGACUGAAGGAUUCAUCCGCGUUGAUCACGACUACGUCCUAAAAUCAGCAGAGCUCGCCAAAGCAGGAGGCUGCACACAGUUCCACCUGGAGUCCUCCAGAGGAGCCAAUAAAGACAGCAACUUCCUCUACCUCAAAGUCAAGGGACAAGUGGAAGCAGAGAUUGAGGCGCUGGGUUUUGACAGAUAUGCCAUUUACAGACCAGGGGUUUUGUUGGUAGACAGGCAGGAGAGUCGGCCCGGUGAGUGGCUGGCUAGGAAAUUCUUCGGUGCCUUUUCUGCUGUGUCUUCCACGUCCAUGUCCAUCCCAAUCGAAGUGGUGGCUAAAGCGAUGGCGUCAAACACUCUGCUUCAACCUGAGCAGAAGUCUGAGAUCCUGGAGAACAAAGACAUCGCUAGUCUGGGGAAAAGUGCAGAGAAGUGAGAGAAGGAAAUACCCAGAGGUCAUUUCAGCGGAUAAACAGACGACUCCAUACUGCAAACACUGUUCAGGUCAUCAUCAUUAUGUCAAAGGAUUUCCACAUUACUUCAAAUGUAUCCAUGAGGUUUUCAAUAGUCAGAAAGCCUUACAACCGCCUUAAAGUAAAUGCUUGAGUUUAUUUGACACUAGAUUAAAAUAUUGGAUGGAUUUAACAUAUUUUCAUAAUAAUUAUUUUACUGUGUGGGUGUUUCAUUUUUAAUAUUGGGUGUCUAUAUAUGUGCUAUACUAUAUCUGUGCACUGCAGCAUGUCAUAUAUUGGAUGCAUAUCACCAUAUCUAUGCUAUUGUUUUUCCUGGUAAAUUCUGAAAUAUUAAGACUCUUUAUUUCGAUUUCAUUUAUUGUUUUAUUUCUGUUUCAUAGUUGUACACAACUGUCUUCUACUUUAAUACAUUUUAUUUCCUUUUUUUCUUCUUAUACUUGUGUUUUGAUGUAUGUUGCUCUAAGUGAAGCACUUCAAAUUGCCUUUUUGUUUGAGAGAUGAUUUUCAAAUAAACUUGCCUUUUCUCCGUGAUCUAGCAGCGCCCCCUUGUGACUGAAUGUGGUCACAUUGGGCUCUAAAUACUGAUAUGAUAUAGGGGUUGUUUUUUAUUAAGUAGCUUUGGUUUAUUUGCUGCUAAAAGCAAGACAAUGGCAACAGCAGUAAGAGGGUGAGGCCUUAUGGUUAAACGGAUGUAUUUUUUGAAACUUAUCUGUAUUUGUAGCUACAAUGAGUGUGAAUGUCAAGGUUAUGAUUAAAAUAUCCAAACAAACCGUUUUCUCCCCCUACAGAUUUUAAAGCUAUGGGAGCUCUGCAGCUUGUCCACAAAGGGGUCGUUGAAUAAAUAAUUUAAACUUUA